AUGACGGCGCGGGUGAGCCGAUGGGCCUUUGGUAUUCUGAGCGUUGCUUGCGCGCUGGCAUAUGUUUCGGCCGUUUUACCCAGCUCCAAAUUCCUGGCGAAGGAUGAGCUACGGAUGGCGGGCAACUUGACGCUCGCAAGCAACUUGACACUCGAAAGUGCGCCGGGUGCAGAGGCUUCUGAAGUUGCGAACCCCAGCCCGGCAGCGGCUCCGCUGGCGCCGGUGGAAACAUCGCAGGUUGCGACGAGCCCCACAGCAGCACAGGCGCCAAGCGUUGAUACUGAGCAGGGCCUUCCGCAGGGGAGUCAUAUGCCCAAUGUGCGCACGGGCGCUGGCUUGCGUUUGGCUUUGCUGCUCGUCGGUGCCGCCCGGACGUUGGUGUACCCUAUGGUCUGCGAGAACAUCAAGUCGCGCUUGGUGGAAUUGCAGCGGCCGGAGGGACAUCCCACCUGGAAGGAGACUUUGGCAACCUCCAUGUCCUAG